GUGCUAGGGAGGGGGUACUUUUACCUUGCCUGGAGUACUUUAUAGUCUUGCACUUUCUUGAGUGACAGGUGACAUCACUGGAGGUGUGACAAGGUGAGGCGGAGAGAGGAGUAGAAAUUCUAUGCUGAGCUUGAAUGGUAUUGUAUUCUUUAGGAAUGCUGCUUUGUGGAGCUGGAGUUGGAAUGAGCAUAAAAUGAUCAGUACAGCAAGACACUCUCUCCCUGCAGUGGGUCAGUCAGUCUCCCUCUGCUAUCUAAGUAUAUCACCGAUCACAGGCAACUUUCUUGCACUGAAUUCAAGAAUGCCAUCUGUUUCAGCAUGCUGAGAAUAUGCUCUCUUUCUUUCUCUGGGAUUCUUGGAGUGGACAUAAGAUUGCAAGUUCUACAGAAGAUGGAAUAUUUAGCUCUCUUCCUAUGGACUUUACCUGUCAUUAUAUUGAAAUGCACAUCCAUGCAACUUUUGACAAUCCUAUGGAUUGGAAGUUUAGAUAAGACAUUUCAGCUGUACUGCCUAUGCUGUGUAUCAUUUGCAGCAUCUUUGAACAGUGACAGCGGGGUUGGAUUAAACCAUGAUUAUUACUUUGUAACCCCCUUUGAAGUGGACUCUAGCGGAGCCUAUGUUUCCCAUGAUAUUUUGCACAUCAGUAGAAAAAGGAGAUCAGUGCGAAGUUUAAAGUCUUCCCUGCACUACAGAUUUUCAGCAUUUGGACAGGAACUGCACUUAGAGCUCCAGCAGUCUUCUGUGCUAUCAGAUGAAUUUUAUGUACAAGUGCUUGGUAGAAAUGGAUCCGUAACAGAUGUGGAACAAGAAGUUGAAUGGUGUUUCUACCAAGGCUUUAUUAGAAACUAUGAAAACUCUUCUGUCGCCAUAUCCACAUGUGAUGGCAUGUCAGGUUUCCUAAGGACACCUACCAGUGAAUUCUUCAUAUCACCAUUACCUCAACACCUUGCAGAAAAGCACAAUUAUACAUCACCCGAUGGACACCAUCCACACGUACUAUAUAAGCGGUCAGUAGAAGACAAAGUUGCCCCCAACAAGGUGCAUUCCAGCCAUACCAAUGAGAAGCAUCCAGCAGAUUCUGAUCAAACAUCUUUAAGUGGAUCUCAUAGCUUGCAGAAACAUUUUUGUGGAAGGCAAAACAAAUAUUCACAGAGUUUAUUGCCAAAAGAUGCUUAUGCAAGAACCGAUGAAUAUGGAAAUUUAUCAAGAGCAAAGCGAUCUGCUACAAAAUCCCAACAUUCAGGGGGCUUGGUAGUUGAAACUCUAGUUGUGGCAGAUAAGAAAAUGGUUGACAAACAUGGCAAAGACAGCGUAACCACUUAUAUACUGACGGUUAUGAAUAUGGUUUCAAGUCUUUUCAAGGAUGGGACAAUAGGAACAGAUAUCAAUAUCGUGGUUGUUAGCCUUUUGCUACUAGAAGAUGAACAGGCAGGAUUUACAAUCAAUCAUCACGCUGAUCAAUCAUUAAACAACUUUUGUCAGUGGCAGUCAGCUCUAACGGGAAAGCAUGGGAAAAGGCACGACCAUGCCAUACUUUUAACGGGAUUAGAUAUCUGUUCAUGGAAAAAUGAGCCUUGCGAUACUUUAGGUUUUGCACCUAUCAAUGGAAUGUGCAGCAAAUACCGCAGUUGUACAAUAAAUGAGGACACUGGUUUGGGUUUGGCUUUUACUAUUGCUCAUGAGUCUGGUCACAAUUUUGGAAUGAUCCAUGAUGGAGAAGGCAACCCAUGUGGGAAGGCAGAGGGCAACAUCAUGUCUCCCACGCUAACAGGAAACAAUGGUCUCUUUUCCUGGUCUGCAUGCAGCAGGCAAUAUCUUAAGAAAUUUCUCAGCACAGCUCAGUCUGCAUGUCUUAUUGAUGAGCCAAAGCAGUUGGGAGAUUUCAAAUAUCCCAAUAAACUGCCUGGGCAGAUAUAUGAUGCAGAUAUCCAGUGCAAAUGGCAGUUUGGACCGAGGGCCAAGCAAUGCAGCCUGAGUUUUGUCAAGGACAUUUGCAAGUCACUUUGGUGCCACAAAGCUGGGCAUAGGUGUGAGACAAAGUUCAUGCCGGCAGCAGAAGGCACCGUUUGUGGUCUAAAUAUGUGGUGUCGAAGAGGACAGUGUGUAAAAUUUGGGGAUCAUGGUCCAAAGCCAGUUAACGGUGGAUGGUCAGAUUGGUCUGAGUGGUCAGAAUGUUCUAGAAAAUGUGGUGGUGGAGUGAUGUAUCAAGAGAGGCAUUGCAACAAACCAAAACCACAGUUUGGAGGAAAAUUUUGUCAGGGUUCCAGUCGUAUUUAUCAGCUUUGCAAUAUUCAGUCGUGUCCACCAAAUACAGUAGAUUUCCGCGCACAGCAAUGUGCAGAGUACAACAGCAAGCCUUUCAGAGGCUGGUAUUAUAAAUGGAAGCCUUAUACUCGGGUAGAAGAGGAAAAUAUCUGUAAACUUUAUUGUACAGCUGAAGAUUUUGACUUUUUCUUUGCAAUGUCCAACAAAGUAAAAGAUGGCACUCCAUGUUCCACAACUGGUUAUGAUGUCUGCAUUGAUGGCAGCUGUGAGCUUGUAGGGUGUGAUUAUAUUCUUGGAUCAAAAGCGACUCUAGAUGCCUGUGGGGUUUGUAAAGGUGAUAAUUCAACAUGUACAUUCUACAGAGGGCAGAAUCUGAAUCAGCACAAAACCAAUGGUUAUUAUUCAGUUGUAACUGUUCCAGCUGGGGCCAGAAGUAUACAUGUGCGUGAACUUGAAGCAUCUACAAGUUAUCUUGCAGUGCGCAACCUAAAGAAAAAAUAUUACCUAACUGCUGAUUGGACUAUUGACUGGCCUAGGAAGUUCUCAUUUGCUGGCACUAUUUUUGACUAUCAACGAUCUUUCCAGCAACCUGAAAGCAUUUAUGCAGCUGGACCCACCAAUGAGACACUGAUCUUUGAAAUUCUUUUCCAAGGAAAGAAUCAAGGACUUACUUGGGAGUACACCUUACCCAACUCUGCAAAAGAAAAUACCACGGCUAUAAAAAAGAACUUCUCUUGGUUCCCUGUGUAUUCGGGGUGUUCUGUCACUUGCGGUGGGGGUCAUAUGAUGGCAAAACUUGUUUGUCUACAAGAUCAUCAAAUACAAGUUGAUUCCUCGUUGUGUGCAUUUAAGAGCAAACCACAUUCUGGUACCAAAGUAUGCAAUGACCAGCCAUGUCCAGCAUACUGGUCAGUUAGUGAUUGGAGUUCUUGCAGUGUUUCAUGUGGUGGAGGACAACAAACUCGCCAAAUUCAAUGCGUGCAGAAAUCUACAAUGCAAACUGAGAUGUUGGUGGGCCAUUCACAGUGUCCAGUGAUCACUCCCAGUCAAGUGCAGGCUUGCAACAUUCAGGAUUGCCCAGCAGAGUGGAGCUCAGGACCCUGGUCUCAGUGUUCCAGAAGCUGUGGCAAGGGAUUGAAGAAGCGAGAGGUUUUCUGCAGAAAUAUGAAUUCUGGAAAAUAUAAAAUCCUUCCAGAAAAUCUGUGUCCCAUGCAAUCGAAGCCAGAAUCUUCAGAAACCUGUAUGUUAGCACGCUGCCAGAAACAUGAAAAACUCCAGUGGGCAAUAUCUGCUUGGACAGAGUGUUCAGCAACAUGUGGUCCUGGUAUGAAGAAGCGUGAACUGAAGUGUGUAGAAAAAGAUUCCAAUGGCAAACUCAUACCCUUUCCAUUAAAAAGAUGCCGCAGUGUAAAAAAAGUAAAUAUAGCUCUGGAACAGCCAUGCAACAGCGCACCAUGUCCUGUGCAUACACCAUACAGUACUUUAAAUGGAUGGCAUGCAUCUCCAUGGCAACAGUGCUCAGUUACAUGUGGUGGAGGAGUGCAAACCCGGAGUGUACAAUGCGUUCUCCAGGGAAGACCAGCUACUGGAUGUAUGCCAUAUCAGAAGCCUCCAACUUCUCAAGCUUGUAACAUACACUUUUGCCCAACUUCAGGAACACAUGAAAGUACAUCUUGCAUUGAUUACUACAGCUGGUGUUCCCUGGUCCCCCAGCAUGGUGUCUGUAACCAUAAAUUCUAUGGCAAACAGUGUUGUAAAUCAUGUGCAAGGAAGAGAAACUACAGGGACACAUUUUGAGCUUCUUUUGAAUGCAUCUUUUUUUAAUAUAUCACAGCUAACAUUUUUUCUGGUAUCUGGUAUCCAGAGAAUAAGCAAGACCAUCAGUUCUGAAACAUUUGGAGAAAAGUCGAGAGAUUUUGAGCGAUGGUGGAAUUUUACCUCCAGUUGCAAGUUAUUUAAUUGUUUUAAGAAAACGUUUUAACUUAUCAGAAUUAAGACUGAGAUCAUCCUGGAAGUAAAUUAUGUUUUGAAGUGCCUUUGUCAAAAGAAACAGAGGUCACUUCUGAGCCCACACAGCGAGGUCUUACAGUUUCAGUUUUAAGAGGGACUGUUAAUUAAAGCACUUGUACAAUGCAAUUUAUUUCAUUAGCAUUCUGAGGACUGAUAUUAAUUCUGAUGACUUUUCAAGAUUGUUUCAAAGAAAAACCAAGAAGAAACAGGAUAUUUUUAUUACUGACUAAGUCUUAAGAAGAUUUAGUAGUUAAGAAAGAUUUAGGAGCUCAUGAAUUGUUGUCAUAAGAUGGAUGGUUAAACUGGUGCUGUCCAAUUAUAUAUGGUGCUGAGCAUAAUUAUUUUGCGGGCUGGACCCUAGAAAAAUAUUUUUAACAUAAUUUACAGCAGGCCAAUGAAUUCUUUGACAGGUCAUGGGCCAAUUACAAUCUCCUCACAAUAAAACAACUUUUUAUUCCACCUGGAUAAACAAAGAUUUGUUGAAUAUAUUUGGAACAGAAUAAUAUUCCACCUUAUUUAAUAUCCAUUGGCAAGAACUUGUAUGAAAAAUAUGAAUACUGUGACAAUGCUGGAUCCAGGACACUCCUUUUGGCACAAUACAUCAUAGAUUGAAAAACUUUCAGGUGACAAAAAAGAUUUUUAGUGGUGCUUAUUACCUGGCUUGCUGCUGGAAAAGCAAGUUUUUGUGAAUAUGAUUCGUACUGUUUUAGAUUCCAUGUAGUAAAAAAUAAACAAGUACAGUUAGAACAAGCUAUAGCAAAACAAAAACAUUGAGGGAAAAUGGUUUAUAAAUGUAUUAAUUUAUUUUGGCAAAUAAAAAUACUGUAAAGUUACACGAAGCACAAUAGUAGUUUUUAACUUGAAAUUUCAGAUAGUAUCGGUUGAAUGCCAGAGUAUUUGGAGACUGAAUGCUUAACAAUGUGCAUGUGCUAAACUAAAGAAUGGUCUGGCUGUUAUGAACUGUACAUUUUACAUAUGAAAUGUAAGGUGUUCCCAUGCAAUAGCAGAAGCAUCCUAACACUACAAUAAAAAGACAGUUUUGAAUAGUAUCCACAUCAAUUGCUGGAAGGUGUAUGUAAAUUAAAAAUAUAUUCAAAUAAAAGCAAAAUGCCUAUUUAAUAUACUGCACAAUUACCAGUACAGUAUACUGUAUAUGGGCAGCAGACAAUUUACAAUUAAUUUUUUGUAUUUUAUUUUUUACAAGCAAUGCAUUGCGUAA